CUUAUAACUCCAUUUUAAAAGAAGAAAAUGUGGUAUAACUGGACAGAGAUGAUCAGGCAAGUUGCUAAGUUAACAAAACUACAACUCCCAGAAUGCCACAGGGCCUCAUAACAACAAACGAGAGUGAGGCAGCAGCUGUGAGAGAAGCAGAGAGACAGCGUGCAAAGAAAGACAGAAAAAGGAAAGAACGAGCUUUUCUUCCACAUGACUCGACGUUUUUCUCUGCAGCAGAGGAUCACACGAGGAGCAGAAAAAUGGCUAAAAACCAAGAAGUAGAGCGCAUCGCUAAAAAGCUGGAUAAAAUGGUACAGAAGAAGAACACGGAUGGAGCUCUGGACCUGCUAAGGGAGCUAUCCAACAUCAAGAUGUCUCUGGAGACGCUGCAGUCCACUAGAGUCGGGAUGUCUGUGAAUGCGGUGAGGAAACAGAGCUCAGAUGAAGAAGUUCAGACUUUGGCCAAAACCCUCAUCAAGUCCUGGAAGAAACUUGUGGAUGGUGUGGAGGGCAAAUCUGAGGAGAAGAAGAAGGAGGACUCGCCUGUGAAGUCAUCGUCCACUUCUAAGGACUGCAGCAGCACUGACAAAAGGUUUGAAGAGUCUCAGGACACUCCCACUGCCCCUACCCUCUCUGCUCAGGUUACCUCCUUCCCCCCUGGGCCCGUCACCACUGACAGCGUCCGUACCAAGAGUCGAGAGCUGCUGGUGGCGGCGCUGCAGACCGACGAUGAUCACAAGACGUUUGGAGUUGAUUGCGAGCAGCUUGCAGCACAAAUUGAAGAACAGAUCUUCCAGGAGUUUAAGUUGACAGAUAUGAAAUAUAAAGCGCGUUUACGAAGUCGCAUCUCCAACCUGAAGGACCAGAAGAACCCUGACCUGCGGCGCAACGUUUUGUGUGGCAACAUCACACCUCAGCGCAUCGCCUGCAUGACGGCUGAGGAAAUGGCGAGCGCGGAGCUGAAGCAGAUCAGAGAAGCUCUGACUAAAGAGUCGAUCCGAGAACAUCAGCUGUCAAAGGUCGGAGGAACCGAGACCGACAUGUUCAUCUGCAACAAGUGCCACGGGAAGAACUGCACGUACACACAGGUGCAGACCCGCAGUGCUGAUGAACCCAUGACCACAUAUGUGUUGUGUAACAGCUGCGGAAACCGAUGGAAGUUCUGUUGAAGAGGAUGCACCAUGAAGCGACGGCAGGAAGAGAAAUUCAACAAGAUGGUGGUUUUCUUUUUGUUUUGUAUAAUAAUGAACUUGUGUAAAUAUGAAAGCUGUAAUUUAUCUGGACGAAAACAUCCAGCUAACUGUGUCGCUUGCAGUUUGUUUGUUUGUGUGGCUGAUAAGAUUUAAUCCAGAUUAAUGCCGUGGAAACACCUCAAAUUCAGAUUUCCAUUAAAGCUGCUAUUAAACCAA